AAAAUUCCCCUUACAUACACACCGAUUGGUGGUAAACUUCCGGUUUGGCUUGCGGCAAGAAAAAGCCGGGAUAAACGAUCAAAGGGAGAAAUAUGGAUUUUUAAGAGCUGAGACACGAAUUAUAAGGUCAGUAAGAGAUGGGUCGGAGCAAGACCUCAUCUGGCGGAGGCCCCGGUGGAAGUUUGAGCCCAGGUCAGGAAACACCGGGGGGAAAUGCAGGCCAAGUUGCCGAAAUCAGAAUCAAGGAGCUGUUAAAAGAACUGUUUGGACUCAUACAUGAAGUGCAGAAAGAGCGUGACCGUAGUGAGCACAAUUUGACCAAUAUUUCAAAAACGCAUGAACGGAUGCAGCAAGAACAGAGAAACAAAUCAUUUACUCCGUACUACAAAAACAAGCUACGUGGACUCUACAACACAGCGAUGCAGGAUGCAGAAGCAGAGGCUGAGUUGCUGAGGAAGGCACUGGACAAGAUUAGCGAGAUUAAAUCCAUCCAGAAUGACAAAAGACAUGGGGAUGUUGAUCGACCAAAGCAGAUCAUGCGCCGUGGUGUUCUCAUGACGAUGCUGCAACAGAAUGCCGUCACUCUCCCGCUGUGGGUCAGCAAGCCGGGAGAAAAACCUCCGCCAUUGUGUGGCGCUGUGUCAGCUGACAACAACUACGUUGCCAAGUCCGGCAACAAGGUGGCAGCCAGGGUCAAAGGUCAGGAUGGAGAGGAAAACUGGAUACUGGCCGAAGUCGUUUCAUAUAAUUCAUCUUCCAAUAAAUACGAAGUGGAUGACAUUGAUGCAGAAGAGGGAAAAGAGCGUCACUCCAUCAGUAGGAGGAGAGUUGUCCCCCUUCCCAUCUGGAAGGCCAACCCAGAGACAGACCCAGAUGCUCUGUUCCCCAAGGAUACACUUGUCCUGGCCUUGUAUCCACAGACAACCUGUUUCUAUAGAGCUCUCGUGGACACACCGCCUAAAGGGCCCCAAGAUGACUACUCGGUGCUGUUUGAGGACACCUCCUACCAUGACGGCUACUCCCCACCACUGAUGGUGGCACAGAGAUAUGUGAUAGCUUGUAAAGAAGACAAGAAGAAGUGAGCUACAGUGUACAGGAGAACUCAUGCUUAGGGCAGAGCAUGGACAAAUGUGAUGGACAAAGUGUCACAGUAGGAUCGGCCUUGUGGAGACCUGCUACAGUGCUGGGACAUGAUCAUUUGUAAUUACAUUUGAAGUGAAUUGUUUCAAGAUUUUGCAUUUUGCUGAAAUACUGCCAGGAUGUAAUCGGGACAAUGUUUAUACAUACAAUGUACUUGAUAGUAAGCCAGAGAUCAACAUGACAAACUUGUGAGGCUUUUACUGGAUGUUUAUGUACCAGCCAAGAGAAGUUAAUCUGUCAUGGCUGGUGUGUGUUGUAGCACAGAGCCUUCCAAUUGUGGGUUACCUUAAUCUUGUUUUGAGAAGUUACGUAAUAGGUAAUAUAUUUCCCCUUUCAUCAUUUAUUUGCAGUGUCAAGUAUGUUAAGUUAGUGAAAAUAGUACGCACUUACUAAAAAAACACACAUUGAAAUAAUGAUUUUCCAUAGAUAACUUUCUGUAAGAAAUGUGUUUUCGUAUGAAUUUACUUUGGGAAGGGCAUUAUCUGUAAUUACAGUUCCUAGAGAUGGGAGAGGCAUCUAAGGUGUCAAUACUUCUGACUGCUCUGGCUGGCCAUUGUCGGAUGUUAUCUGUAGUUACAGUUCCUAGAGAUGGGAGAUACAUCUAUGGUGUCAAUACUUCUGACUGCUCUGGCUGGCCAUUGUCGGAUGUUAUCUGUAGUUACAGUGCCUAGAGAUGGGAGAGGCAUCUAUGGUGCCGAUACUUCUGACUGCUCUGGCUGGCCAUUGUCGGAUGUUAUCUGUAGUUACAGUGCCUAGAGAUGGGAAAGGCAUCUAUGGUGCCGAUACUUCUGACUGCUCUGGCUGGCCAUUGUCGAAUGUUAUCUGUAGUUACAGUGCCUAGAGAUGGGAGAGGCAUCUAUGGUGCCGAUACUUCUGACUGCUCUGGCUGGCCAUUGUCGGAUGUUAUCUGUAGUUACAGUGCCUAGAGAUGGGAAAGGCAUCUAUGGUGCCGAUACUUCUGACUGCUCUGGCUGGCCAUUGUCGGAUGUUAUCUGUAGUUACAGUGCCUAGAGAUGGGAAAGGCAUCUAUGGUGCCGAUACUUCUGACUGCUCUGGCUGGCCAUUGUCGGAUGUUAUCUGUAGUUACAGUGCCUAGAGUUGGGAGAGGCAUCUAUGGUGCUGAUACUUCUGACUGCUCGGGCUGGCCAUUGUCGGAUGUUAUCUGUAGUUACAGUGCCUACAGAUGGGAGAUACAUCAAUUGUGCCGAUACUCAUGAUACCGAGUUCCAUUCCUCACUGUCGAUGUCUGUUUGAUUCCCCAAAUUUCCUGGCACAUGCCGUUAGGGAAUGAAACCAGGACUAUAAAGACCCCAAUCAGCAUCAUACCCAUAGUCUUGGAUGAUGUCAUGGACAAUAUAUUGCUCAAAAGUCUGUUUUGAGGAUUAUGAAUAAAAGUCUGUUUUGAUCUUCGUCAUCCUGAUUGUAGCUUACACAGGACACUCCAUACUUCAUACACUCUGACAUACUGCCUGCAGAAUGGAAGAGGUUGAUGGUGCUUUCCAAAUUUUAAUGAACAGUUUUUCUUAUUUCUCCACCUAACCCAUGUCGGGUCUGUAUCUGUAUCUUGUAUGAGUGGAAUGGAUAUAUACUCAUGGAAACAAAUAAGGGAACACAUGAAAGUACAAGUGUUCCAUUAUUCUUUUCCAGGUUUCUUCACAAGGUAUGUAUUGGACUGUGAGUGAAAUUCUGGAAAUAACUUAAGGAACACUUGUACUAACUUUCAUGUGUUCCCUUAUUCAUUGAUAUGAGUAUAUUAUUACCAUGAUAGGCCGAAAUCAAAUCCUGCUUACUCUUUCGGCUGUGCUAGCGAUGUGGUGCUCAGCAAGCUGUGACAUGACAAUGACUUUUCAAGUGACUUUGGUUGAAAACCCCAGAGAAUGUUUCUGAGCAUUAUUUUUAGCAUCAUACAGUAAAUAUAACAGCGAAAAUGGGUGGGUUGUAGAAUAUGGAUGGGGGUAUGUAAUGUAAAAGAAAAGUGGACAUAUGUUACCCUGGAUAACUGACAUCACAUAAAUGACAAGACGAUGAAGUCAGUUAGUUUGUCAUUGUAUUGCAUAGCGUGAUGCUCAUGCUGUCAGUCACUGGAUUGUGUGGUCCAGACUACUAUCAUAUAGCCGGAAUAUUGCUAAUUAUGGCAUCAAACAACACACAUAUUAUAUGUUGUUCAUUUGUCAUCACCACGGUCACAGUGAUCUCUGCAUGAUCUCUUGUAUAUUUCCCAGGGAGUUGAGAACGAUGACAAGUAUGCACCCACUAGAAGGGGAACAAAUAAACCACAUUUUUUUCAGGUACGAGUACUUGGAUAAGUGCAGUAUAUAAAUGAAUAAUGUAGUAUGAUAAUAAUGAUGAUAAUAUCUGAGGUCGCAAAUUGUCCUUAUGUGUUGACAUGGAAUGCUACAGUGAAUACUGAGCUGCAUAGUAUUCAUAAUCAAAUACAUAUACUUAUUUCAUGCACAUUAACUCAUGAACAACAUAUGGCUUUUUCAACUCGUCCCUUGUUUGUGUAUAUUUGCCGUGUAUUUUUAUGUUUAGUUACCAUGGUUACCUGUUGUGUCAUUAUUGUUUAUGUCCUUGCCACUAACAUGUUUUAUAGCUACAUGUUGUUAAUCGUUUACACAAGGUCAAAAGAAUGAAGUUGUAAUGAAGUCAGUUUCAUUUUUUUUCACUAAUAUUUGGCUUAUGUUGGACAGCAGGAUUGGCCUGGUGUGUUUGAUAAUAAUAAUUAUAAUUGUGAAUUUAUUAUGUGCCUUUUUUCUAGAAGGCACAUGCUCAAAGCGCUAACACACAAUCUGAUUAUUAUUACCCUGGAUAGCCCAAGCUGCCUGUGAGGCACUAGAAGGUUAAUAGUCACAUGACUUAUCCCACCAGGUACCCAUUUUCUGCUUAAUCAUGUCUGGGUCUGAUGAACAGUGUUCAAAGGUUCAAAAUCAUAGCAUUGUCCAGUUUCAUCCUUUCGACAUAACAGAAGCUUGUAAUUUUGUGUUUAAGUCAUAUCCAUUCUUCUUUCACCAAAGACUCACAUAUUUGGGCUCAUAUCAUCAGGCUUGUCUACCACAUUUAACCAAGAAGACUCACCCACCCACCCACCCAGUGCAAUGAAACCUCAUUAGUCCCACCCUGUGUUUUCAAAUAUCCUCCCUCUGGGCAAUCCUGCUGUCUAUGAUUGCUUAAGAAGAUGUAUUAAUCAUCCAUAAUCUCCAAAUUAGCUGAUAUCGGUUUGAACCAUGCCGUCCUCAUUGGUGAGGUUUCUGGUAUAAGUAGUGCUGUGCAUUGGACAGUUUAUUCUUUCAGUCUGUCCAUUGCAGUGUGGUAACAGUGAAUCAGUUAGUUGCUGACACAAACAGUUACUGUCAAAGUGGAUCAGUUGUUGCUGCUGCUGAUGUGAAUAAAGACUACCUGACCAAUGA